AUGGAUGCCCUCCCUCUUCAGGAAAAGGUAGAGUGGGAGCACAAGAGCAACAUUGGCGGGAAGAUGCAUGCUUGCGGCCAUGAUUCUCAUGUUGCAAUGCUCCUUGCCCUUGGUGCCACCGAGUUACUCCAUGCCAAAAUUGACACACUUGAGGGAACUGUCAAGCUUGUAUUCCAGCCAGGGGAAGAGGGUUAUUCUGGUGAUUACCAUAUGUUACAAGACAGUUGUCACGUUGGUCUGAAUGCCAUCAUAAGCAUACAUGUUCUGCCCUCAGUGCCUACUGGAUGCGAUUGCUUCAAGAGCUGGUCCAUUUCUUGCGGGAGCAGGGCUCUUCUCUGCAACAAUCCAUGGAUAUCACGAGAGACUGAUCCCCUUGAGGCUGCAUUGGUGACAGUGGGAUCGAUGGAAGGAGGCAAAGCAGGAAAUGUAAUUCCCGAUUCAGUGCGAUAUGAAGUUACUUUUAGAAGUCUAAGCACAAAAGCUGCUGCAAUCUCCUACUUGGAUAGCCACACGAUGCUUGUCCAUUGUGAUGAACCAGAAUCUCCUUUACCUUUUGCAAAAAAUAUCAUCUAG